AUGUCUGGGCCAAGUGCGGAGGAUACAAGACCCAGGAUGCCAGAUACUCUUACUCCUUGCAAGGAUUUCUACCAGGGAAUUCAGAAAAGUGAUGAGAAUGCGGUGUUAGAGGUGUUAGAAAUAAAACUGAAGCCUGGUGGGCAGGCGGCCAUUGGCAGGACCCUCAUCCCCCGUUACUUUAGCACUGUGUUUGAAGGAGGGGUGACCGACCUGUAUUACAUUCUCAAACACUCGAAAGAAUCCUACCACAACUCCUCCAUCACGGUGGACUGCGACCAGUGUGCCAUGGUCACCCAGCAUGGGAAGCCCAUGUUCACCAAGGUGUGUACAGAAGGCAGGCUGAUCUUGGAGUUCACCUUUGAUGAUCUCAUGAGAAUAAAAACAUGGCACUUUACCAUUAGACAAUACCGAGAGUUAGUCCCGAGAAGCAUUCUAGCCAUGCAUGCACAAGAUCCUCAGGUCCUGGAUCAGCUGUCCAAAAACAUCACCAGGAUGGGUCUAACGAACUUCACCCUCAACUACCUCAGGUUGUGUGUAAUACUGGAGCCAAUGCAGGAGCUGAUGUCCAGACAUAAAACCUACAACCUCAGUCCCCGAGACUGCCUGAAGACCUGCUUGUUUCAGAAGUGGCAGCGGAUGGUGGCACCGCCAGCAGAACCCACAAGGCAGCCGACAACCAAAAGGAGAAAAAGAAAAAAUUCCACCAGCAGCACUUCCAACAGCAGUGCUGGGAACAACGCCAACAGCACGGGCAGCAAGAAGAAGACCCCGGCUGCAAACCUGAGCCUGUCCAGUCAGGUACCUGAUGUGAUGGUGGUAGGAGAGCCAACUCUGAUGGGAGGUGAGUUUGGGGACGAGGACGAAAGGCUAAUCACUAGAUUAGAAAACACGCAGUUUGAUGCGGCCAACGGCAUGGACGACGAAGAGGACUUCAACAAUUCACCCGCCCUGGGGAACAACAGCCCAUGGAACAGUAAACCUCCCGCCACGCAAGAGACCAAAUCAGAAAACCCCCCGCCCCAGGCUUCCCAGUAAGAUGACCCACGGCACCAGAUCCAUAGGCCUGGGGGGUGUCAUUCCAAUCGCAGACCUUUACUUUCAGGAGAGGAAGGAGGAGAAAUAAAAAAACUUUUCCAUGCAAAUAUCUAUUUCUAAACCACUACGAUCUGGUUCUUCUUUCUUUUGCAUUUUUUUUUCUUUUUUAAUUGAGAGGAUCGUUCCAAAUAAAGCUUCCAUGACCCUUCCUUGGAGGGCUUCACGGGAAAUACAGAUACUGGCACUGAUGGUAAUUAAAACGAGAGAAAACACUAGCGCAUCUCCUGGCACAGUCUUAUCAGCGUGUUUGUGUUGAAUUUCCUUUUCAUGCAUCCAGCGAAGGCCAUGCUGCCCAUGCGUGCUCAGUGCUCAGGAUCUCAUUAAUAUGCCGAACCUAACUACAGGUGACUUUUUAAUAUUGUAAAAUAUUUUCUGCUUUUUGACUUGCAUUUGAGAGUUUCUUGUUUCAGUAAAAAAUGAAAAGAAAAAAAUCAGCUUUUGGAAAGUAAUUUAAAUGUACUCUUAUUUUUCUUUUCCUUCGUCUCUUUCUCCCAUUGAGCAACAGCCAAGAGGGUCCAGCCAGGUAACUUAUGGUCAAACUGAUGCCAAUUGGUUCUUGAGUCUGGGUUGGUUCCAUUUAGCCCAAGAGCUGAAACAAGAAAUGUCUUGUUAUCAUCAAAGACACCAGGCAGAUUUUUUUUUUAUGUAAAGAAAGACAAUUGGACCCUGAAAAAAAAAAUGUAUGCGUUUGUAGAGUUGCUGUUGAUCCAAAUAUUUUCAAGCCAUGUAAUCCAUUAAUUUUGUGGGCAGUUUAAUAAAUCUAAAACUUUUUGUGUUUUUUUUUAAUUGUAUCUGAGUUGACUGUUCUUCCUUUUCAUAGUAUAUUUCUUGUAUGAUAUUUUGUAAAGCCCUCACCUGGUUCUUUUAUGGGGACUUUUCAUUUUGGACUAUUCCAGUGUAUUUAUGUGAAACUUUAUAAGAGAACUAAUUUUUCCAUUUGCCUAUUAAUAUGUUCCUCCACACAUGUAAAGACACAGUGGCUCCGUGUGUUACAAAACAGCUGUAUUUUAUGUAUGCUUUACUGGUAAUGUGCCAAUAAUAAACUGUGUUAAUGACCUAA